UUGGCCCACUGCCCCCCGCCGCUUCGUCUCCGUCCUUUCUGUUCAUCAAGUUUGGUUGAGUUGUUUAAGAGUUCAUGUCAGACUUAAAGAAGCGUGAAAAACUCGCGCCUUCAAACAUUAUGAGCGAUCCACAGCAGAAUGAAAUGGCCUCGCUGGUGGACAACGACACGGGCUUCAUUCAGAAGACAAACUCCAGCGCAACUCAAGACUCUCAGCAGCCGUCUCCUUUAGCGCUGCUGGCUGCCACAUGCAGUCGGAUUGAUGAAAACGACGCGGUUGAACAGUCACGACAGAGCCAGGACUCCCAGCUUGAGCUCCAGCAACCCCAUCUGUCCCACUCCACUAACGGCUGGCACGUGGUUCCUGCGGCCGCUCCAGUGUCUAGCAGCACCAUGGAGGACCGGAGCCGAGCCGGAGCCGUUCUGCAGCCACAGUAUGUGAUGGCCUCCUCCCAGAGCCUCCAGAGCCAGCCGGUGCUGACCACACUGUCUGGGGUCAUGCCCAGCGUCCAGUACCAGGUCAUCCCACAGUUCCAGACUGUGGACGGACAGCAGCUACAGUUCACUCAAACGGCUCCAGAGGUGUCCACAGCAGCGGGCCAGUUUCAGCUGGUGUCCUCUCCCAGCGGCAAUCAGCAGCUCAUCGCUGCUCCCUCCAGCAGAGCUUCUGGAAACAUCCUGACCGUCCCGGGCCUCUUCCAGCAGGCCAUCCCUCUGCAGAAUCUCAGCCUGGGUGGAGCCGUGCUGCCCAAUCAGACGCAGUUCCUGACCAACGUACCGCUGAACGCCAACAUCACGCUGCUCCCGGUGGGCUCUGUAGGAGAUGCUAGCGCGGGUGGAGCUUCUCAGCAGCUGGUCCAGAGCAGCACCACCUCCAGCAGCUCAGUAGAAUACUGCUCCACUUCCACCAGCACACAGACGAGCGCGCCAGGAGGUAUUGUGACGCUAGCCCAGAGCAACAGAGCAGAGCCCGCCAAGCCCUUCCAGAACGCCGGAGAUGGACAGAAAGCCAGUCAAGCUCAGAUUGUGAUCCAGCCGCAGCAGGUGCUGCAAAGCGUCUCAUCUGGAGGACAGGUGUUCGCCACACAGAGCCUGUCUCAGGAUGGGGUGCAGAACGUUCAGAUUCAGACCAUCGCCAAUGGCAGCCCCAUCUUGAUCCGCACCGUGGGGCCCAACGGACAGGUCAGCUGGCAGACGCUUCAGCUGCAGAGCCCUGCUAACACCCAGAUCACGCUAGCGCAGCCCGGGGCGCUCUCGGGCCUGCAGACCAUCAACCUGAACACGCUGGGGAACACAGGGCUGCAGAUGCACCAGCUCCAAAGUGUUCCCAUUACCAUUGCCAACACAGCGGCAGGUGAUGUGAGCGGGUCAGCGCCGGACACUUUGGAAGACAGUGGUGUACUGGAUGAGAAUGUAGAGAGCAGCCCGACUCCCUCCAGCAGACGAACACGCAGAGAGGCCUGCACCUGCCCUUACUGCAAAGAUGGAGAGGGACGCAGCAGUGACCCCAGUAAGAAGAAGCAGCACAUCUGUCACAUCCCUGGCUGUGGAAAGGUGUAUGGGAAGACGUCUCACCUGCGGGCUCACCUGCGCUGGCACACCGGAGAGAGACCCUUCGUCUGCUCCUGGUCCUUCUGUGGGAAACGUUUCACUCGCUCUGAUGAGCUGCAGCGACACAAGAGAACACACACAGGUGAAAAGAAGUUCUCGUGCCCAGAGUGUCCCAAACGCUUCAUGCGCAGCGACCACUUGUCCAAACACAUCAAGACACACUUGAAUAAGAAGAGCUCCGGUGUGGUAAGCAGCACAGAUAACGGCAUGAGCCCCGAGGCUGGGGCCGAUCAGCAGACUCUGGCCCCUAUGGACCCUCGGUUAGCAUCGGCAGGCAUCAGCGUGCUGCAGGUCACAGAUCUGCACUCCAUUAACCUCAACAGCAACGGCUACUAAAGCAGCGAGGUGUCUGGAGAGAUCUGACUGAUGCUCUGGGAUAGCUGUUUACCUCGUCCUCCUCCUCUUCCCUGUAUAUUCUCAGCUCUCUUUCACCCAUUCCCUGAACUGAGAUUGUGACAUGGUCAUCUAAACAUCCCUCAGUGGUCCACUUGACAUCCAGAGAAGGGGAUACCUUGGGUUAAAACAGAAUGACACCAAAAGAAAGAUGGAAAAAAACUGUGUGAAAGUGAAAUUGUAGUCUUCUUUUUAAUAGUUUACUCACAAGCCAUCAUGCUUUCAUGUAUUAAUCACAGUAAAUAAGAUGAAACAAAAAGAUGUGAUGCUUUUUGUACAUAAGUUAUAUUUUUUCUAAGUAUGGAAAACUGCAAAUUCUGAAAUUAACCUUUGUUUUGUGAACGUAUGAAUUAUGCAGUCUUAAAUGUCGCCAUUUUUAUAUUGUGUAGAUCUUCUGUAACACUUUUUGUAUUGCUUCAGUUCUUUGUCUUGAUAUACACAACACAUUUAGGUUACAGGAAAUACAUGCGGUCACGUGACGCUUAUUGUCCUGGUUUUCUUGGUCGCUGUGGUCUUAAUGUUUUGUUUCUAGGGAAAAUGUUAACCGGUUCAAAUACAGAUGCCUUAAAGCCUUUAUUUAAAGAGGGCACUUUUAUGAAUUUGAGUUCAAACCAAAGCUCUACACUUUCCUUUACAUGUUAACUCAGGUGAAUGUUACUCUUUUGGUGUAAAGCAUUCAUAAUUAUUAAAUUAAGAUGAACUUCA